AUGGGUCUUUCAGUUACAGAGAAACUUUAUUUGUAUGACUCGUUGACGAGUAAUCCGGUGGUUAGACCAGAUGGUAGGAAACCGCAUCAGUUUAGGCCCAUUGAAGUUUUCACGGAUUUUCUACCUAGUGCCAAUGGAUCUUCGAGGAUAAUUGCCAGUGACGGUAGCGAAUGUAUUGUAAGUAUUAAGGCCAAAGUGAUUGACCAUACAGUUGAGGAUGAAUUAAUCCAUGUAGAGAUAGAUAUCGCGGGACAGAGGGACGAUUCGCCGCAGGUUGAGACUAUGACUUCACUGUUGAAUAAUGUGUUGGAACCUAGAGGUGGGAUUGAUGUGUCGAAAUUGAGACUUACUAAGAGGUAUAGCUUCAAAAUAUUUAUCGAUGUGCUGUUGCUUUCAUCAGCUUCACAUCCGGUCUCUUUGAUAUCGAUGGCUAUACACUCUGCAUUGAAUUCUACAUGUCUACCGAAACUUGUCUCAAGUUUCGAUGACUUGGAAGUGGAAGAGUUGCCAACCUUCCACGAUUAUGAUUUGGUUAGGCUCGAACUGAGUGCUCCAGUGGUAUUUGUCGCUGCCAUAGUUGGUGACAGUAUACUUAUGGAUGCAGCAGCAGCGGAGAGUGAAGUUUCUAAUAAUGGGCUAAUCAUUACGUGGUCAAACGGUAAAGCAAUCUCACCGAUAAGAACAGUGGCACUCAAUGACUCGGACGUGAAAGGGUUUGAUCCAAAGAUUUUGCAGAAGGCUAUAACGAUGGUGGAAGAAUAUGCUCCUGAUGUACUUCGAGCUCUAAAUAACGCAUAA